AAUACAUGCAUAGCCAGAUAUACACACACGUAAGCACUUGUGUCCUGCUUGCUAUUCGCUCCUGCUUAUGGUCCUUUGGCACCACUGCCACACUGACUGACCCAGCUGCCUCACUGAGGCAUCAUGCUGUUAAAACUCUCCUAUUGUUGCUAAUUGGCACUUUACUAUAUUGGCUCAAAAAUAAGCUGUCAUGUCUUUUGGCUUUCGUAAACGACAACUGAAGAAUGUGCCACGAUGCCACCAUGUUUCGCAUGAUGACAGAAAAGUCAAACGCCAGAGGAAAUGUAGAAGCAUUCUGUGCCACAGGUGCAGUCCUGUGGGGACUUUUUCUUGUAACUUGUAAGGUUUUUUAUGCUUUCAAGUCUUGCCUUGGCCACAAGCAGUACACGAAUUUAGUAAGAAUACCUAGUGAAUACUGAAAGGAGCGAUAAAGCAUUAGGAAAAUGCAAGGUAGAUAGACGAUGAGAAGAAAAAGCAAGCAUAAAAAAAAUUCUUCGUCUGUGUGGUUUUAGGGUGCUGUUCUAUAUGUAUUGCAGCAAAAGAAUGGUCGGCACUCCUGUCUAUUUUGCUCUGUGCUCCUCACUCUUUACACAUGUCAAUAUUAGUUGGUUCCUUUCAGCAUUCCAUCCAGCACCAAGCCAGUACAAGCGGAAAAGCUGUGAUAUGAAGGUGGACACUGAGCCAUGUGGAUCACAUUGCUACCUCCACUUGGAUUCUGUGAAGGCAAGGCUGCAAGCAAAACUCAAGGAAGAAAGGGAGUCAUCUGAACAACGCAAGAUGCAGAAGCAGAUUUCCAUGGACAGUGGGAAUGAAGCAAGUGGUGAAGAUAGCAAUGACAGCACACGCACAAAUAGCAAAAAAAGUGACAGCUCUGAGAAAGACCAAGACAAACCAACACAAAUGACUGUCAACAGCUUGUCAGGGAAAUCAUUCGAAGGCAAAGCGGCUCGCCUACUUGCAUCACUGGAACCUGUAGUGCAGCCAUCACAAGAGGAACUUCAAGAAGAGUGGUGUGGAGCUGAGCAAUCACUCUUCCGUGUUCUUUGGCGUGUUUUUUAUGGCAACUACUGUGCACUUGCCACACUCAUCCUUACCAAGACCUGUGCACAAGUGAGCCAUAAUUAGUUGAUAUCUAAUGCA